AUGGCAGGGAAUGCAUUAAUCUUCAUCCUCUUGUCAGGGCUGGGCAGCCUCCCCUCCUGUUUUCCUCGUCAGUACCACUUGGUUGAAAAAUCAGUGAACUGGACUGAAGCGCAGAGCUACUGCAGGCAGCACUACACAGACCUGGCCACCGUAACCAGCGAGGAAGACGUGACCAAGCUGAAUGACGCUUUGGGGAGUUUUCGCGGAGGUCACGUCUGGAUAGGGCUGUACGGUGACAUUCACAGCUGGAGGUGGUCUCUGCAAAAUAAGAGUUACUACGGUGAAGGAGAGGCUGAGUUCAGGAUGUGGUACAGUGGUGAACCCAGUACCUACUACAUUGAUGAGUACUGUGUGCCAAUGAACACAGGUGGAACAUGGUGGGAUUAUUAUUGUAGUUCUAGUCUCCCAUUCGUCUGCUACAACGAUCGAACCAAAGGCUCAUCGAGAUGGAUUUUAGUGAAUGAACGCAAGACCUGGAGCGACGCUCAGAGCUACUGCAGGCAGAGGUACACCGACCUGGCCAGCAUCAGGAACCUCGCUGAGAACGAGGAGAUCAGAGGUUUGAUCAACGACACCUCUUGGAUCGGCCUGUUCAGAGACGCAUGGAAGUGGUCAGACGGGAGCACCAUGUCAUUCUCUAAAUGGGCUGAUAAUCAUCCAAGUGAAGGAGAUAAGCAUUGUGUGGCUUCACAUCUGGGAAAAUGGCUUGACUAUUCAUGUAGUAACAGAUUUUACUUUGUCUGUUACAGAGAUGUCGUGAAUAUGCAGGUGGUGAAAGUGCGGCUGCAGUCCGCCUCCUCAGCGGACCUGGAGGCCAAGAAGGACGAAUUGUUGCAGCAGCUGCGUCAGAGACUGAAGGACCAAGGCGUGAGUGACGACGUGCAGCUCCGAUGGGUGACGCAGCCUGAUGGGAGGGUCUUCCACAAGGAAGGGAAAGAGGAGGAGAAGGACGAGGAGAGCUGCGGCCCCUGA